CAAAAACCACCUCCACUCCCCACUCCCCACUCCACAUUCCACAACCUUCUCCAUUCCCCACCCAAUUCCCCCAAAACCCUAGAAAAAUCUCGCGCGCGGAGCUUGGGCCGCUCACCAUGAGCGCCCCUAUGGAGGUCUCCUUCUCCGCGCCCCCACCCGCUCCGGACGCCGCGUGUGCCGCCACCGCUGCCCCGUUGAUGCCACCUGCCGCCGCCGCCCAGACGCUGCCGCCCCCUGUCGCCGCGGUCUCCUCCUCGCCGCCGCAGCAGCAGCAGGCGGCUGCGGCUGCGGCCGUGGUCGCUCCUUCCCCGGCCGACGACAAGGUCCUCGUGUCAGUUGAGGUACUGUUGCACGCCGCGAGCGCGGCUCGCCACGAGGACGUCCAGGUGGCGGUCGAGAGGAUGCUAGAAGCUCGAUGCUUAAGCUAUGUUGAUGGGCCUGUGCCAAUUCCUGCUGAUAAUUCUUUUCUUCUUGAAAAUGUCAAAAGGAUACGAAUAUGCGACACUGAUGAGUGGGUUGGGAAUCGCAAAGUUCUUUUAUUUUGGCAAGUUAAGCCUGUUGUGCAUGUGUUCCAGCUGAGUGAAGAUGGUCCUGGUGAGGAACCAAGCGAGGAUGAUACACUCUCUAGCUUUAACGAGUGGGCCUUACCUGCCAAAGAAUUUGAUGGUUUGUGGGAAAGUUUACUAUAUGAAGUUGGUCUCAAGCAGAGGUUGCUGAGAUAUGCUGCCAGUGCUUUGCUUUUUACUGAGAGAGGUGUGGAUACAUGUCUGGUUUCAUGGAACCGGAUUGUACUUUUGCAUGGUCCACCUGGAACAGGAAAGACUUCCUUGUGUAAAGCACUAGCACAGAAACUUUCCAUUCGCUUCAAGUCAAGGUAUUCUAUGUGUCAGUUGAUUGAAGUGAAUGCUCAUUCAUUGUUCAGCAAGUGGUUUUCUGAAAGUGGAAAAUUGGUUGCCAAACUUUUCCAGAAGAUCCAGGAGAUGGUGGAGGAAGAAAGCAACCUGGUAUUUGUAUUGAUAGAUGAAGUUGAAAGCCUUGCUGCUGCCAGACAAGCUGCCAUAUCUGGCUCUGAACCUUCAGACUCCAUUAGAGUUGUGAAUGCGCUGCUAACACAAAUGGACAAAUUGAAGUCUUGGCCAAAUGUUAUCAUUUUGACAACAUCAAAUAUCACUACAGCAAUAGAUAUUGCAUUUGUUGACAGGGCAGACAUUAAGGCAUAUGUCGGACCCCCUACGCUUCAAGCACGAUACGAGAUCUUGAGGUCAUGUAUACAGGAACUCUUAAGAGUUGGCAUUCUUACAUAUCCUCAGGGUAGUAGUGUGCCAUGUAUUCUGAACUAUUCGACCCUGGAGGAGAAGAAGCACUGUCCUGAGGCUGCAGAACCCCAUGGCGUGUUUCAAUUAUCCAGUCUACUCUAUGAAGCCGCAAAACUGUGUGAGGGACUUAGUGGCCGGUCAUUGAGGAAACUCCCUUUCCUGGCACAUGCCUCUGUCACCAACCCUUGCUGUGAUGCUUCUACUUUCUUGCAUACAUUGAUAAAGACUGCGCAAAGAGAAGUAUUGGAGUCGCGUGGUUAGUUCAACCUUGAGACCUUGGAAUCUUUUGGAAGAGCAAAAUGUUCACAGUUCUUUCCAAAUGCCAUGUUCCGGUUGUCCCCGAUAUUAUGGUCAAUUGCCAGGUCGCUACAAGGAUAAGAAAGUCCAUCCCAUCUCUAGGGUUAGAGGUUAGUGUUUAAAUGUAAAGAGACAAGAACAAAGAAUGAAUGAACUGUCUUGACGCCCCUUCGAGAUGUCCGUGCUCUACACAGAUGAAUAGUAAUCAGGAUUAGAUCUAUGAUUAAUACUAAGCCUAGUCACUACGUGUGAAGAUCAUGAGAUGAGAUCACCGGCUUGUGUUUGGUUGAUCUGAUUCUUAACAGUUACGAGCUCAGAAUGGAUGUAAGGUGCCUCUCUGACUGUCAGCUUCAGCACAUUUGAUCUUCUGUAGAUCUUUACGCGGUACGAAUCGGAAUCGUCUCCGUCACUGCAUCGGAAUCGUCUCCGUCACUGCAACUUGGAACCAGAUCGUUGUUUAGUGCGUACAGGUCAUGUUCCUUUU